AUGUCAAUAUGUCAGGAUCUCGGCCUUAAUUUCCAACAGAGAAUGGGCGCAACCGCAUCACAGUUGGAGAAAGAUAUUGGAUCAGAACAGUUUCCACCAAAUGAGCAUUAUUUUGGUUUAGUUAAUUUUGGCAACACAUGCUACAGUAACUCAGUUCUUCAAGCUUUAUACUUUUGUCGUCCGUUUAGAGAUAAGGUUCUAGAAUACAAAGCUAAAAACAAGAGAACCAAGGAAACAUUAUUAACAUGUUUGGCAGAUUUGUUUUAUAGUAUCGCAACACAGAAGAAAAAAGUUGGUUCAAUUGCACCAAAAAAGUUUAUUGCUAGGUUGAGGAAAGAAAAAGAGGAGUUUGAUAACUACAUGCAACAGGAUGCCCAUGAGUUUCUGAAUUUUCUAAUAAAUCACAUAAAUGAAAUAAUCCUUGCUGAACGCAAUCAAAGCACGCUGAAGUUGCAAAAGACGACCGGUUCGGGCGAGAGUGUUACAUGUAAUGGCACUGUUCCACAGAACAGCGAGCCAACAUGGGUGCACGAAAUUUUUCAGGGUACCCUCACUAGCGAAACUCGUUGCCUCAACUGUGAGACCGUUAGUAGUAAAGAUGAGCAUUUCUUUGAUUUGCAGGUCGAUGUCGAUCAAAACACGAGUAUUACGCAUUGUCUGAAGUGUUUUAGUGACACGGAGACAUUAUGUAAUGAUAAUAAGUUCAAAUGUGACAACUGUAGCAGCUAUCAAGAGGCUCAAAAGCGCAUGCGCGUGAAGAAACUGCCGCUUAUUUUGGCAUUGCAUUUAAAGAGAUUCAAAUAUAUGGAACAGUAUAAUAGACAUAUUAAAGUUUCCCAUCGAGUGGUCUUUCCUUUGGAAUUGAGGCUAUUUAAUACGUCAGACGACGCAGUGAACCCUGACCGGCUGUAUGACCUGGUUGCCGUGGUAGUACACUGUGGUUCAGGCCCCAACCGGGGACAUUACAUCAGCAUCGUCAAGAGUCACGGCUUCUGGCUGCUCUUCGACGACGAUAUGGUUGAUAAAAUCGACGCAUCUGCAAUUGAAGACUUUUAUGGCCUAACCUCUGAUAUACAGAAAUCAUCCGAAACAGGAUAUAUAUUAUUUUAUCAGUCUAGAGAUGCUAGCUGUUAA